AUGGAGGAGGUGUCGGCAGUCCUGGCCAAAAUGCAUCCAGAGCUCAUCUGUCCCGUCUGCCUGGACUACCUCGAUAACCCCAUCACCAUUGACUGCAGCCACAACUUCUGCGCCUCCUGCAUCCGCACAUCAUGGAAGGACCUGCAGGACAGAUUCCCUUGUCCCGUGUGCCGGCGGGCCCUCCAGGAGAUGCGCGUCAGUGGCAACGCCCAGCUGGGCAGGCUGGUGGACCUGGUCAAGCUCCUGCACAGCUCUGGGAGCAGAGAGAUGGCGCAGGGCCCUGUCCACCAGGGACCCAACAUCAGGCCCGGGGAGGAGGUUGCACAUCAGUACAGACAGAGGCUCGGCGGCUUCAUCGAGUCCCUGAAGUCACAGCGGGCAACGGUGGAGAAGCUCUUAGUCAUCCAAGAGAAAAAGCUCCUGCAGCUGAGAGAGGAGGUAAGAAUGCGUAACAGUCAGUUGGCCUCAGAAUUUGAGCAGCUCACCCAGUUUGUGGAGCGUGAACAAGAGGCGGCACUCUGCAGGCUGGCCAAAGAGGACAAACGCCUGCAGCAGCAGCUCAGGGCCAACCUGGAGGCCUACUGGGACCACAUCUGGGCGCUGAAAGACCUCAGACGGGAGGUGGCCGAGUGGAGCGUGAUGUCCAAGGAGAUGGUGCUGAUGGGCGUGAGGGGCCUGCAGAAACGCUGGGCGGGCCUGCAGUCCCCAGUCAUGCAGCCCCUGCUCUUCAGGCCGGUGGCCUACAGCCUCCCUCCUCUGUGCUCGGCGCUCAGCAGCAUCAUCUGGAGAUUCCGAGAGCGCAUCAGCAUGGACCCCUACAUGGCACACCCCAGCCUGCGCGUGUUCCAGGACCUCAUGUCAGUGACCUGCGGCUUCGCCUCUGGCCGCCACUACUGGGCGGUGCAGGUGGGCGCCAAGCCCAAGUGGGCCGUGGGCGUGUGCAGUGUCGCGCCUUCCGCCCAGGCCACCGGUCCCCUGGCAUCUCCCAAGAGAUGCUGGACGCUGCAGCUGCAGGAUGGAGACUACCUGGCCCUGGGAGCGGGGCCCGUGCCUCUGGCUCUCAGGGACCAGCCCGCGGCCAUCGGCGUUUACCUGGACUGGGAGCUGGGACAGCUUUCCUUCUACAACGCCGCCGACAGGUCUCACCUGCACUCCUUCACAGAGCCCUUUGCUCAAGAGCUCAAGCCCUACUUCCUCCUGAGGCCCGACUGUGCCCCUCUCUCCGUGGGUGUGGGGAGAGUUUAA